UUUAAUAAGGGAGCGCGGCGCGCGUUGGACUUGACAGUCUCGCGCUCCAGGGACGGCGAACUCGCCGCGCGCUCCCCUCCGCACCACCAGCAAAGGCGCCAGGCAAAUGCACCACUGGCAGCCAAUCCAGAGGAAAACCACCAGAAGAAGAAAACUCUGCACCCCUGCAAUGCUGCCCUUCCCGUGGAACGAAUGCACGACCAUGCCUGUCUUGCAAUAGAAAGCCCAGGCGCUUCCCAGCUCCUCCUCUCUACUCUCUGCCUCUGCCAUCGGGCUCAAACUAAAAGCUUCUUGCUCUAGUAGGGAAGACAUCGCACUCCAUGCCCCGGCCGUCCCCAGCGUAGGUGUUCCCUGUUCGCAGGUUUUGCAAUUGCUCAGCUCGGCAUUAAUGAGGCGGCCGCAGACUGAGUUUGACAUGGCUCUGUCCGGGACCGUCCUCCCACCCAUAAACACGUUCGCCACCAGCUCGAAUGGGAAGGGUAUGGACACAUCCACGGGACAACACAUGGCGUACAAUAGAUGGAGGGCAGAGAUGAACAACCUGAGACGGUCUAUGGAGAACGACAACCAGAGUGUGGGAUAUAGAAGGGAAGACGAGGAAUUGAGCGAGCUGUUAGAUUUAGAUUUUAUUUUGUCGAACACGAUGAAUUCGGAGUCGAUGGGAAACACUGCCAGUAACUUCAACUGCCCGUUGUCCAGCGCAGAGGGGAACGCGGCGGACUUGUACCAGAGAGAGUCUUACAGCAUUACAGACAUCAGCGAGGUCCCGCCGAACGGCGGUAGCCUUGUGGCUGAACUCCUGAGGCCAGACCUCGACCCUAGUUACUGCCUUCCCCGUAGCCUGCAUGGCAAGUUCGUGCUGAGGACAGCGGCUGAGGCGGGGGAUUACAACCAGGCGGUGCACAUUGCCAAAGCCACUGCGCCCAUCGACGCGCACCUGAGCCACCUUCAGCAGGUGUGUCAGAAAGUCAAGCAAGAGCCGCUCAGUGUCAGCGCCACAUGUUCAAUGGGCGGAGGUCUAGACGGGCGAAUGGGUGCAGCCCAAGUGCCGGGCCCGAGUCACAGACAAGCUUGCCGACCGAGGCAGGAUCAGGACGGGUUUACCAACAGAGUGACUUCGCCCAUGGCUUCAGAGGACAUGAUUAACAGGCCGUGCAACUCAUCUCAGCUCCUGGCUCCCCAGAGGUCUGCAGCAAUCCCUCUCCAGCAGAACUACCCCCCAGCAGGCAGCUUCCCCCACUUCCAAGAGCAGGCUGCCCUCCAGUACCAAGAGUUGUUACCUUCGGUGUACCCGCCCCGAGAAGAGAAGCCCAAGCGAGGUCGGCGCUCCUGGCCGAGGAAGAGGGUGGCUACACACACAUGUGACUAUGCCGGCUGCGGAAAGACUUACACCAAAAGCUCACAUCUGAAAGCACACCUUCGGACCCACACAGGUGAGAAGCCCUAUCACUGUGACUGGGAAGGCUGUGGCUGGAAGUUUGCUCGCUCGGAUGAACUGACGCGACACUACCGAAAGCACACGGGGCAUCGCCCUUUCCAGUGCCACAAAUGCGAUCGAGCAUUUUCCAGGUCCGAUCACUUGGCUCUGCACAUGAAAAGACACCUGUAGCUAAACAGAAACACGGCGUGGAACUGCUCUAAGGCUGUGGCCUGUAAAUAUAAACACUUACUGCCUUACAUACUGCACCGCGGGCGCAUGCAAAGGCCACUGACUUACAUCCCCACCCCUCCCCGUGUGUGUGUCCAGGUGAAUAACAUUAGCCUGAAGUGGAAUCUAUCGGCUGAGGCUGCCGAUGCAAAGCUUCGAUUCGUUCUAACGAGUCGCAUGUGGUCUCGUCCACAAAAAAAAAUCAUCCGAAAUUAGAAAACAGGGUAAAAAUCAGGGUAUUUGCUAUUCUAGGUGCCUUACAACAGCCCCAAACUCUGGAGGAGCGGCGGAUUCACCGUUACUGCCCAAACGACUCAAUUCCCUUUCCGAAAAGGGAAUUCAGGUACAGAUCACCUGCUCUCUCUCUCUUUAUUUACAUACAUAUAUAUAUAU